AGGAAGGACGGCUCGGCCAAUCAAAUGGCGCAUUGCUGGUUGCUUGACAACAGGCUGGCCAAUGAGAGUCGCGCUUGUUUAUUUAGAAGAACAGAGGUGCGCUUCAAACCGUCAGAAAGCGUCCUGCGCUCCGGGGCGGGUGUCAGAUCCCCGCGCUGCGAUCUCACGGCAUCUUUACACGCUUUGAACGCGGAUCGGUUCCGUGGAGGCGCGGCUGAUGCGCGGUGGCCGAGUGCUAGCCUCUGCCGCUGACCCAGCCGCUCGCGUCCAGCCUUGCAUCUUUAUUUGGAUGAGCAGGACGCUGGAGAACCCCACCCGAGCUGAAGGUUGACAUGGGAGAUUGGUGGACUCCAACUAUGAUGCCAGAUCCAUCUCUCGACACCAAAGAGCUUUCCAGUAUUUCUGGGAUCAGCAUGUCUCCCUCCAGGCAGAACUUGCACCAUUCGCUGCAUUCCUCCAUGGCUCUGCCCAAAUCCUCUUACAGCGUGUUGAGUGCGUUCUGCACCGAGGAGAACAUAUCGCAGUGCGUGGCGUACAUCAAUCAGGAGGUGUGUUCGCUGGGCUUGACCGGAGUGAGUUUAGAGUGGAAGUCAGGCGGUCUGAGCGCCGUGCCGGUUCUGAACCUGCUCUAUGAAGUGCUGCAGCUGCAGAGAAGAGCUCAGCGCGCCCUGCAUGAGCUGGAGACGCAGCAGCUGAAGAACGCCAGUGACCUCGAGCAUCUGCAGCACAGCAACUGUAGACUCAAAGAUCAGCUGGAGCACACCAGGAGAGAGAACUCGGGCCUGCAUGAAGGCGAGAGACAGCUACAGCUGAAGAUCAAAACCUUACAGAACUGCCUCAAGUCUGAGAAAGAGGAGGUGCAGAAACUGCAGAGCAUCAUCUCUAGUCGUGCCACGCAGUACAACCACGACACCAAGCGCCGAGAGCGAGAGUGCACCAAACUGAAGGAACGUCUCAACCAGCUGCUCAUGGACAAGAGAGACAAGAAACUCUCCAUUGAAAUAUCAAACCACGUGGGAAGGUCAGACGGCAAGAGAGGACUCUGGAAGACGGGCAAGAUGGAGGCCAGGCAUGAGGGAGAGAUGUACCGCGCUCUGCUGAGCGAUCACGAGACGCGGCAGAGAUCUCUGAUGAUGGAGAACUCUGAGCUUAAAAAAGUGUUGCAGCACAUGAAGAAGGACAUGAUCGCCAUUCUGAGCCCGAAGAAAGCCUGCGUCAAAACAGAGCCGGCAGACGACAGCCUGGAGCAGGCCGUGUCGGAGGGCGAGGAGGAGACGUGUGAGUCCAGCAGAGAGACUCUGGAGCAGUCGUGUGAACAGGCCCGGGAGCAGCUCACUAACAGCAUCCGCCUGCAGUGGAGGAAGCUCAAGAGCCACAUGGAGAGACUCGACAGCCAAGUGUCGCUGGUGGCGUGUCAGGAGCGCGAGGCUGAGGAGAUGAUGUCCAGGAAGGAGCACGAGGAGGAGAUGCAGCGGAUGAGAAUGGAGCUACAGCAGUGUAAAGAGUUCAUCCACAUGCAGCAGCAGCUUCUCCAGCAGCUGAGCUCGCCGUGUGACGAGGAUACGGCAGCUCUGCUAAACGACUGCUACACGCUGGAGGAGAAAGAGCGUCUCAAGGAGGAGUGGAGACUCUUCAAUGAGCAGAAGAGGAACUUUGAGCGAGAGAGGAAGAAUUUCACUGAAGCUGCUAUUCGUCUGGGACACGAGAGGAAAACAUUUGAAGAAGAUCGAGCCGCAUGGCUGAAGACCCAGUUUUUGAACAUGACUCCGUUUGUAGACCGUAAAAGACCUGCGCUAUCUGAACCUCACAGUUCAUUAUCGGUCGGCACAGAACCCGAGGCCAAACUGCAGUCCACUCCGCCGCUCGUGAACAAGUCCCUGUUCUCCACCCCUAAAGCUGCCCCGCUGAAGAUGCCCUCCACGGCUGACCUCUACCGAACACUGCACCUCGUCCCAGACAGCAGAGGCCAUGGCAAGUGCUCGAGCGGUGAGAUGCUGACGAAGUCACGCUUGCGUAAUUGUCCCACGGACUGCAGUGUCAUCUCGCUGGUCAGAGAUGAGAACAGCCCCAUCUGAUGGCAUGUCAGUGUUACACUGGUCGAACACCACAGAAGAGACACUCCAUUGUUCCAAGCUGUCAUAACAGUUUAGAGUCUUCCGUUCAUCCCUAUCGCGGCAUGACCAACCAGCUGCUCUUUUAUUUCCUCAUCCGAUUUGCUGUGUUGUCCCUUCAGGGAUUUGGGGUCGAAUAAAACAGAUGGUGUGUUUUGCUGGA